ACCCCGCACCCAACAAUUCCUGUCGGCAACCAACUUCUUGCCCACCACCAAGCACAGCUCACAGCAAGCAAGUGGGUUUUUAGAGAGAGAAGAAAAAAAAAAAGAUUUAAACUUUAGAGAGAGAAACUGACAAAAACUAAUAGAAAAUAUACGUUUUUUAUUUACAUAGAAAUGAAAGACUGAGUCUUUAGGAGGGGUCAAGCUUGGAGGAGAUUCAGAAAUUCUAGCUUUCAGUUUUUCCAGGUGCUUACUGAGCUCACAAUUUGCUCAGUCACUGAGAGAGAGAGAGAGAGAGAGAGAGAGAGAAGCGUGUGUGUUUUAGUGUGAGCAAUUUUCAGCAAUUUUCUUUUGGGGUCACAAAUGUUGGUCCAGGACCGUACGGCAGCCCCCAAAUCACCCAAAUCUCCAAGACCCCUCCCUACCACCCUCCAUCCAAAUCACAACAACAACAACAACCACCACCACCACCAGAAUUACCGUUUUUCGCCUUCCAAAUCCCUUGAUUUCUCCACCUGGUUCUCUGAAAACCUUUACAAGAUCAUAAUCUGUUUUUUCCUCAUCGCCACUGUCGCCGCUGUCUUCUUCCUUCGGAGUACUGGUGACACUGCUGCCUUUCUCUAUCUUCAGUCCAAGUCUCAACCCAUUGAGAAAACCCUCCCAUUUCCCCAUAUCAACUGGAAUCACAUCCCUCCUAUUGCCGAUAGGGCUUCCAUCUAUGCCAGUUUUCGAACUGAGAAAUGGAUCGUUGUUUCGGUCUCUGAUUAUCCCUCCGAUUCGCUUAAGAAACUUGUUAAAAUCAAGGGCUGGCAAUUGCUGGCUAUUGGGAAUUCGAAGACCCCGAGUGGUUGGGCGUUAAAGGGCGCCAUAUACUUGUCUUUGGAGCAGCAAGCGAGUUUGGGGUUUAGGGUUGUGGAUUUUGUGCCAUAUGAUUCGUAUGUGAGGAAAAGCGUUGGGUAUUUAUUUGCUAUCCAGCAUGGGGCCAAGAAGAUCUUCGACGCUGAUGAUCGUGGGGAGGUGAUCGGAGAUGAUUUAGGGAAGCAUUUUGAUGUGGAAUUAAUUGGAGAGGGAGCUAGGCAAGAGACUAUAUUGCAGUACAGUCAUGAGAAUGUGAAUAGGACUGUGUUGAAUCCUUACAUUCAUUUUGGGCAGAGGUCGGUUUGGCCUAGAGGGUUGCCAUUGGAGAAUGUGGGUGAAAUUGAACACGAAGAGUUCUACACUGAGGUUUUUGGUGGGAAACAAUUUAUACAACAAGGGAUUUCGAAUGGAUUGCCAGAUGUUGAUUCUGUGUUUUAUUUUACUAGGAAAUCUGGUUUGGAAGCUUUUGAUAUUAGAUUUGAUGAGCAUGCCCCUAAAGUAGCAUUGCCUCAGGGGAUAAUGGUACCAGUGAAUUCGUUUAAUACAAUAUACCAUUCAUCGGCUUUUUGGGGUUUGAUGCUUCCUGUAUCAGUAAGUACAAUGGCCUCUGAUGUGUUAAGGGGCUAUUGGGGACAAAGGCUAUUGUGGGAGAUCGGUGGCUAUGUUGUGGUUUAUCCACCUACUGUACAUAGAUAUGAUAGGAUUGAGGGAUACCCUUUUUCAGAAGAGAAAGAUCUACAUGUAAAUGUAGGGAGGUUAAUUAAGUUUUUGGUUUUGUGGAGGUCAACUAAGCAUAGGUUGUUUGAAAAGAUUUUGGAGCUGAGUUAUGCCAUGGCAGAGGAGGGCUUUUGGACUGAGCAAGAUGUGAAGUUUACUGCUGCUUGGCUUCAGGACUUGAUUGCUGUUGGGUAUCAGCAGCCUAGAUUAAUGUCAUUGGAAUUGGAUAGACCACGGGCAAGUAUUGGCCAUGGGGAUAGAAGGGAGUUUAUCCCUCGAAAGCUGCCAUCUGUGCAUCUGGGAGUAGAGGAAACAGGGACAGUGAGUUAUGAGAUUGGCAACUUGAUUCGGUGGAGGAAGAAUUUUGCGAAUAUUGUGCUUAUUAUGUUUUGCGCUGGGCCUGUGGAACGGACUGCUUUGGAAUGGAGAUUGCUUUAUGGGAGGAUAUUCAAAACUGUGGUUAUUUUUUCACAGCAGAAGAAUGAGGAUCUUGUUGUUGAAGAAGGCAAUUUGGAUCAAUUAUACAAGCAUCUGCCCAAGAUAUUUCAUCGGUUUAGUAGUGCAGAAGGCUUUCUAUUCCUUAAGGAUGAUACUGUCCUCAAUUAUUGGAAUUUGCUUCAAGCAGACAAGACUAAGCUAUGGAUUACUGAUAAGGUAUCACAAUCCUGGAGUACCGUGUCUUUUAAUGGAAACUCUGAUUGGUAUGGCAAACAAGCUGAAAUGGUAAAAAAUGUUGUUGGUUCAAUGCCUGUUCACUUCCAAGUAAAUUAUAAGGACGCUAUGAAGAGUGAUCAGAGUGUCACAAUUUGCAGUUCUGAGAUAUUCUACAUUCCUCACCACUAUGUAGCUGACUUUGUAGAUCUUGUCAGUCUUGUGGGUGAUCUGGAAAUCCAUCACAAAAUUGCCAUACCAAUGUUCUUUGUUUCAAUGGAUUCGCCUCAGAAUUUUGACUCUGUGCUUAGUACAAUGGUAUAUAAACAGAAGCCACCAUCAAUUAAUUCAACCAUUUAUUCUGCUCAAGCGCCUGCUGUUCACCCGUGGAAUGUGUCAAGUGAACAAGAUUUCAUAAAGCUGGUAAGAAUAAUGGCAGAAGGUGACCCUCUCCUAAUGGAGUUAGUUUGAAGGAAAGAUCUUUUUGAUACUUAACGCGAACCAAUGUAAAGACAGAAACUGUACCAUUUUGUAAUUCUCAUACAAAAUUCUGUUUUAUUUUUCUUUUUCAAUUUUUCUUGAGGGGGAGGGCUCUUUUUUUUCUUUUUAUCCCAUUUGUAAUUGUAUUUUUUUCUAUUAAAAAAGAAUUCUUUGUAGAUUUA